GAGGAGCCAGCUAUACUUGGCUGUCCAUCGUCCCAGUCCGUUCCCAUGGAGACCGGUCAGAAUUUUGCUACGGUGUUUUGGACUGAACCCAAAGUGAUAGAUAAUGCAGAUUCCUCUUUGAAGAUUAACUUAACAUUCGAUGGAGAGGUGACCAAUCCAGGCAACUUUACACGAGGAAUCACUUCUCUUUCAUACAUAGCUGAAGAUACUGCUGGAAAUAGAGCUACUUGCAUGUUCGAGAUAGUAGUCAGUGAUACUGAGGAUCCAGUUAUAGCUGGCUGUCCAUCAUCCCAGUCCGUACCCAUGGAGACCGGUCAGAAUUUCGCUACAGUGUCUUGGACUGAACCAACAGUGGCAGAUAACUCUAAUAAUGUUACGUUGACAUUCAAUGGAGAGGGGACCAAUGCAGGCGACUUUUCACUGGGAAUAACCUCUCUUUCAUACACAGCUGUUGAUGGCGCUGGAAAUAGAGCUACUUGCAUGUUCGAGAUAGUAGUCAGUGACACCGAAGAGCCUGUGAUACAACGGUGUCCAUCCACACAGUCUGUGAGCACGGAACCCCACCAGGACUUUGCAAUGGUUACCUGGGUAGAACCCGGUGUGACAGAUAACUCUAAUGACGUUACAUUGACAUUCAAUGGAGAGGGGACCAAUCCAGGCAACUUUUCACUUGGAAUCACCUCUCUGUCUUACACAGCAGUUGAUGCUCAAGGCAAUACAGCCACAUGCAUGUUUGCCAUAGUUGUCAGUGGCAAGUAUUUGAAAUAA